AUGGACACGUUUCCUGCAGGUAUUGUGCACAACGAAGCGGCUCAGUUAGCGCGGGCCAGGCUGAGGACCGAACCGCCAUCUAAGGAUGUUCACAAGCCAACGUUCCCAUUGGGUAUUGACCGAAGACCGGACUAUCCGGAACAUUACGGGUGGAACCCAGUUUACUGGAGCGACUACCCCAAGCAGCCGAUGUGGACCGUUCCUCUGCCGAAGAUUGCAGCUCCGAUUGUUAGUAGAAUUCUACCUGAUCUACCAGAACUUCCAUGUCACCGCCCGCCUACUGAGUACACGACCCCAAACAUUUACCCCAGGUGGAUCCCAGACAUCCCGAAGUGGACUCCAACUUUCAACCCGUAUGCAGACGAACACAACCUACCAUUCAAACACUUAGUGGGGCCGCCGACACUGCCUCCCGUUGUGUGGAUUGAAAAACUGCGAUGCCAGUGA